GAAUCCAGUGAAUCCAGCGGACUCCAGCGAGAGCGAGAUGGACACGACCAAUGAGAGCGAGGGAGGAGAGAUCGCAACCAAUAGGAAUGCAGAGGAUGAUUUUCUGGCCAAUGAGGGAGCUGGAGCAUUCAAACCAACCAAUCAGAGCCCCGGGAACUUUGAAUCGGCCAAUGAGAGCCCGGAAAAACUCAAAUCGACCAAUCAGAGCCCAGGGAAAUUUGAAUCGGCCAAUGAGAGCCUGGAAAAAUUCAAAUCGACCAAUCAGAGCCCAGGAAACUUUGAAUCAGCCAAUGAGAGCCCAGAGAAACUUGAACCGGCCAAUCAGGAGGCAGUAUUCAGGUCAGGUCAGGUGGUGAGGUCAGUGGUGGUCAAAGAUGGAGAGAUAUUUGAGACUGAAGAGAAAGUCGGCCAUAUUGAUGAAGAUAUCAUUGCUGCUGCUGCUGUUACAAAGCAGCAGCAGCAGCAGCAGCAGCAGCAGCAGGCGGCCAAUGAGGAGGCAGGGAGAGGGCCGUGGGGGGGAGGUGGCAGGGGGAGGUGCGCCCCCUCACCUCUCUUCCACCACCGUCACAACUAUAUCAGCUCAGAGUCAUGAAGAUGCAGCCACCAAGAUGAAGACUAGUCAGGUCCAGGAGAAAACGUUCACAGCCACGAAGGUUACUUCAGGCACUAAGGAGGAGGAGACAGUGGUGACCCAGGAGGUGCAGAGACACACCCGCUCCACACCUGCUGCCGCCGCCGCCGCCGCCGCCGCCGCUGCUGCUACCGGCCCUCUCCAGUCAAGCACCCCCCCCGGCCCCUCUCCUCAUCCAGUGAAGAUUCCGGAACCUCAAUUGACCCAUUGGAAGACGAGUCUGCCGGCUUCAUUGUUCCCACGGAGUCCCAAGUAUUCGACAAUCAAGGGAACUACAUUACAACCACAACUGGCACUCCUCCACUGGUUCCAACCCAGGGCGAAAAAGGUGUCGGUGGUGAACCCCGACAGCGAGGAGGACGGCUCAGUGAUGGUCAGCUCCCAGUCGAUCUCGUCCCGGACUCGCACAGUGGAGACGACAACUUACAAGACCGAGAGAGACGGAAUUCUAGAAACUCGAGUGGAACAGAAGAUAACCAUUCAGAGUGAAGGAGGAGACGACCCCAUAGAUCACGACAAGGCGCUCGCACAGGCCAUCCAGGAAGCCACCAGCAUGAACCCAGACAUGACCGUGGAAAAGAUCGAAAUUCAGCAACAGCAGCAGCACUAGUUAAGAAGAAGAAGAAGAAGAAGAAGAAGGAGAAGAAGAGGAGGAGGAGGAGGAGGAGGAGGAGGAGGAGGAGGAGGAUUAAGAUAGAUAGAGAGAGAGAGAGAGAGAGAGAGAGAGAGAGAGAGAGAGCUAUUUCACACUUUUGCAGCUAGAGAGAGAGAGAGAGAGAGAGAGAGAGAGAGAGAGAGAGAGAGAGAGAAAAUAAAGCAAUCUCUCUCUCCUCUUUCCAUGUGAAGAAAGAGAGAGAGACAGAGAGAGAGAGAGAGAGACAGAGAGAGAGAGAGAGAGAGAGAGAGAGA